AAGAAAAGAGAAAAAUAGGAAAACAAAAUAAUGAGGCCGUCCAUGUUCGCAUUGCAUGCUGGUGAAUGAUUGCCUCAUGCAUCCCAUAAUUUUCGCAAUCGAAACAGAAAACAAAAUGGCCGACGCCGAAGACAGAGAGGCAGAAGUGGAUAUCUGCCGUGUAUGUCGUGCUGAAGGAACACCGGAUAAACCCCUGUACUUUCCAUGCAUUUGCACUGGCAGUAUAAAAUAUAUUCACCAAGAAUGCUUACUACAGUGGCUGAAACACAGCAAAAAAGAGUACUGCGAGUUAUGCAAUCAUCGAUUCACAUUCAAACCAAUAUAUGCGCCAGAUAUGCCGCCACAUCUCCCUGUAAGGGAUUUUAUCAGUGGUCUGUCGAGAAGUAUACUCCGUGCUGUCCGUUACUGGUUUCACUACACCCUGGUGGCAAUAGCAUGGCUGGGAGUGGUGCCGAUAACAGCAUAUCGGAUCUACAGAUGUUUAUUUGCAGGGUCUGUUAGUUCAUUGCUCACUCUACCACUGGACAUGCUCUCAACUGAGAAUGUAUUCAUGGACUGUGUCCGGGGCUGUUUUGUUGUCGCCUGCACCUUAUGUGCAUUCAUAAGUCUUGUCUGGUUAAGAGAGCAAAUUGUUUUAAAUGGAGGCCCUGAUUGGCUUGAACCCAACAUGGAUCCCCUCCCUCAGCUACCAGCCAACCUCUUCGGCGGGCCGCAAGGGGUGAACGUGGGUGCUGGUGGGGGUGUGUUUGGAGGUGCCGAUGUGAUGGGGGAUAUAGAAGAUCCUGGUGAUGAAGAGAAUAUGGAAGAGGAGGAUGCUGACCCACCCAACGAAGCUGAGCUGCCUGAAAAUGCUGCUAAUAAUGGUGAAGCAGAUGAUGUCAAUUGGAACCCGGUGGAGUGGGAUAGAGCUGCUGAAGAGCUCACCUGGGAAAGAAUGCUGGGUUUAGAUGGUUCUUUAGUAUUCCUGGAACAUGUCUUCUGGGUUGUUUCAUUAAAUACUUCAUUUAUAUUAGUGUUUGCGUUCUGUCCAUUUCACAUCGGCCAGUUUGCAGUUAUUCUAUUCUCUGUUGAAGAAGCAGUGCAAUCAUCUAGAUUUGAAGGGGUUAUAACAACUGUUCUUGGCUAUAUUAUCCUCGCAGCAUCACUUGUUAUCUGCCAUACAGUGUCUUCAUUCUUUUCAUUUAAAAGGGCUCGAAGGAUAUUUGGCCUGUGUUAUGUUGUUGUUAAGGUUUCUCUCCUCAUGGUAGUGGAGAUUGGCCUCUUUCCCCUCGUCUGUGGCUGGUGGCUUGACAUCUGCUCUCUUGCUCUGUUUGGAGCUACGCUAAAGGAGCGUGUCCAGAGUAUCGGGUCAGCGCCUGGUACGGCCAUGUUUCUACACUGGCUGGUGGGUAUGGUCUAUGUGUUCUACUUUGCUUCCUUCGUGCUGCUUCUGAGAGAGGUCCUGCGACCAGGUGUCCUUUGGUUCUUGAGGAAUCUCAACGAUCCAGAUUUCCAUCCUGUUCAAGAAAUGAUCAGAUUACCAGUUCACAGGCAUGCUCGAAGAUUCCUCCUUUCUCUGGUCGUGUUCGGUACCACAGUGCUGCUAAUGAUGUAUCUUCCAGUCAGUCUCAUCAAAGCUUUCGUCCCGAGCUUUCUCCCGUACAAUGUCCAGCUUUCGAGUGAGGCGCCUGUGAGUGAGCUAUCCCUGGAGCUGCUGUUGCUCCAAGUCGUGUUACCGGCACUACUAGAACAGGGGCACACGCGACAGUGGCUCAAGAAUCUUAUAAAGGGCUGGGCUGUGACGGCAGCCUACAUACUAGACUUGCGCUCUUAUCUUAUCGGCGACGUUCCUCUCGAUGGUCAAGCAAAUGUGUUUGGUCUAGGGCUGGUCAAUAAUGCACCUGUUAAUCUCAAUGUAAACCCCGAUCAGAAUGGCGCUGAGCUGCAGGGACCGCAGGCUCAGCUUAUUCCCCAACCCCAAGCGGCGCAUAAUCCCGAUGGAGCUGUGUUUGGUUUCCAGCCCUACAUACGACCAAAGAUGUUUGUAUUCAAGAUUGUCUUGUUGGUAAUCUUCAUGUGCAUGUCAUUGUCCUUCGCAAGCUUUGUCAUCCUUACCGUGCCAGUUGGUGUCGGCCGUGCAGUCAUGUGUUUAUGGAUGGGUAGCCUUGCCGUACAUGAGCUCUACACUGCCGCCUGUGGCCUAUACCUCAUCUGGCUUGUCUGCCGGACCUUUGCGGUCAUCAUGUCCUGGGUGCCUCUUGGUGUCAUUGGAAUCGCUAAGAAGUUGGGCCAUUGGAUGCUAUUGGGUCUCAAGUGUGUGCUGAUAGCCGUGGUACUUAUAGGCGUAGUUCCCCUUCUACUUGGGCUGCUGUUUGAGUUGAUAGUGGUGGUGCCCCUACGUGUUCCACUCGAUCAAACGCCCCUCUACUUCCCCUGGCAGGACUGGGCUCUUGGUGUCCUCCAUAUGAAGAUCAUCUGUGCUGUCACCAUGAUGGGACCCAAUUGGUGGCUCAAGGCCAUUCUGGAACGAGUUUACAACGAUGGGAUUCGAAACAUCAACACGGUAUUGAUUCUGCGCAGACUGGCAGUUCCCGUCGUGCUUUGCCUGCUUCUUGCCGUAACUGUUCCCUACGUCAUCGCAAAUGGAAUCAUCCCAAUCUUUAUCUCGUCGGCUGACACCGUGGUGUUCUGCCAAAGGCGCAUCUACCCAUUCCUCCUUGCUGUCUUCAUGCUUAUCGGGUGUUUCAUGUUCCAAGGAAGACAAUUCAAGAUGCUCUAUGAGCGCAUUAAGAAUGACAAUUUGAGAAGGAGUUGACAAGUACGUAAUUUGGGAGGGAAGCGGGAUACCUCGUGGGUCAGAGACUGGUAAACUACGAGAACCACAGACGAAGUAUAGGGACUACUACAUCCAGACCUAAAGACGAUAAGAACUAACAGAAUUUCUCCGAAAUACACUGAAUAAACUACUUCAUGAGUAAAAUCCCCGCUGGUCCUGUUAAUGCAGAUUUUGGGCCAAUUCAACCAAAGAAUGUUGCACGCACGAUAUAUAUUUUAUGUAUAAAAGACACCUGCUGUAUUUUACGCUGUAUAAUAAAGUAAUACGUAGCUAA